AUGUUGGAUACGCAGAGACAGCUUCGCGCGUACAAGAUUGGGCAAGGAUUCAGCGCGAGCCAGCGCUGGCGAUCCACGAUAGCGACGGACGGUGCGUUCCCGUAUUGCAAGCUGCAGCGAAUCCAGGUCGAGAAUGUCCGCAACCUGUGGCAGACCAUAGGCAACCAGGAUGGCGCCAUUGACAAGCUGAUGAACAUGCACUGCAUCGAGACCAACGUUAUCGAAGGGAUAUUACGGUUUGAUCCGUCGAUACACAAGAGCUUGGUCCUACACGGUUUCGAGGACCCAGCUGUUUCUUUGAAGUAUACGGACAUUGUAGGCGGAGCGGUCUCGGGCGAUGUUAAUGCCCUCGCCAAAGCCGACACCGUAACGCUCACUGUAAAAACGAUAUGCGACCUGCACAAAAUCCUGAUGCAGAGCAGCCGAGUCCUGUACGUCAAGACGCCCCACGGCUUUCAAUUAUCCUAUACCACCAUCGGGGAAACUCGGCAGCACUCGAGUGUCAAUGUCAUGGUACAGAACCCGUUCAUGAAGAUCCAAUUCUGCCCGUUUGACCAAGUCGAGGCAGAACUGGGAGCAUUUUGCGAGAGAUUUAACGUUGGUAGCAAUGCAAUGUCAGCGAAUUUCAAGACGGUAACGGGCGACUUUCGAGAAUCCUCGCAUCAAUACCGCUGCUGCGAAGGGGCCUGCCGCCAAUCUGCAUUCAGGCCGAACUCAAGCACGUAUAUUAUGUACGCCUCAACCAGCUCAGGGCGAAUCGAGACGGAGACUACCGCGAGCUGA